AUGGUGGAGUCACGGGCAGGCAAGCAGGUACAAGGUGCGUGCACGAAGUCAUCAUACAUACAUUCUGAGGAUGACUAACAGCUACGACAGACCUGGAGACCCUGCUCCCUAAGCUCGGUGGUCUGCCAUUGGCCCUCGUACAGGCGGGCUCGUACCUCGCUGCGACGGGCAUCACGGUGUCGGAGUAUGUUAGCUACUACGACGAGACAUGGGCGGAUCUCAUGCGGUAUCAAGAGCAGUUUCCGUUACAAGAGUACGCAGAGCGGAGUGUGCUCACGACGUGGAAGAUGUCGUACGAGCAGGUAAGGAGCACUAACGCACUCGCAGCGCGGCUGCUCGACCUGUGGGCCUUCCUCUUCCGCGGCGACUUGUGGAUAGAGCUAGUCCUGGCAGGCAAGGAUACUGUUACGCAACAAGACCUGCGAGAAGCAGACCCCCUUUUGCAAGCGACUAAGCUUACUCUGCAGCACUCCGUUAGCAUUCUGGUGCAAUACUCGAUGGUAACUAUGGGAACUGGAAGUGUGCGGCACUCGAUCCAUCCGGUCGUACAUGCGUGGUGCGCGUACAACAUCGAGACAACGACAGCGGAGCAGCAGCUACUUUCAACUGCAUUACGGCUUGUAGCAGCAAUGGCAGAAACACUUCCGGAAGUAGGAUCUCCAGAGACAGGUCUUCGCCUGGCAGCUCAUGCAAAAGCCCUUGGUGGCAGAGCGGAGAUGUUGAUCGAGGAUGACGACGAGGACAUAUCGACAGAGUGCUAUGAUGUCGCGCUCUUUCUUGCAAGGUGGGAGCGCUCAGGAGAAGUCGAAAUGUUGUACUUGCGAGCGCUACGAGGGUUCGAGAAAGCAUUAGGCGCAGAGCAUACGUCGACACUAGAGACCUUUAAUAAUCUCGGUAUCCUAUACGCCGACCAAGAAAAGCUAGUCGAGGCGGAGGAGAUGUUCCUACGAGCGCUACGAGGGAAGGAGAAAGCAUACGGCGCGGAGCAUACGUCGACGCUAGUUACCGUUAAUAAUCUCGGUACACUAUAUCGAGAACAAGGAAAGAUAGUCGAGGCGGAGGAGAUAUAUCUACGAGCGCUACGAGGCUACGAGAAAGCAUACGGCGCGGAGCACACGUCGAUGCUAGCUACCGUUCAUAAUCUCGGUACACUAUAUAGAGAACAAGGAAAGAUAGUCGAGGCGGAGGAGAUGUACCUACGAGCGCUACGAGGGUACGAGAAAGCAUACGGCGCGGAGCACACGUCGAUACUAAAUACCGUUAACAAUCUCGGCGUUCUUUACUUCCACCAAGGAAGGAUAGACGAGGCGGAGGAGAUGUUCCUACGAGCGCUACGAGGCUACGAGAAAGCAUGGGGCACGGAGCAGGAGCAAUCAAAGCAGGAGCGUACGUCGACGCGGGAAGUCGUUUUCAAUCUCGGCGUCUUUUACGAGGACCAAGGAAGGAUAGUCGAGGCGAAGGAGAUGUUCUCACGCGCGCUCCUAGGCUAUCGCGCCCUACAGAAUCCGCCGCAAGCUCAAAUAGAUUUCCUGGAACGCAAGCUUGCCUCUAUGCAGAAGGCCGAAGAGUAUUCGGUCGCUCGACUGGAUCCCGAGAUCAGCACCAUCAACCCUACUCUUCCUCAAUGCCCACGCUCCCCAUCCCCUCAUAGCGACCUCCUGGAGAAAUCAGCUCAGCGGAAACGUCGACGGAGUAGCUAG